AUGCCACCAAAAAAGAAAGUGAAAGGAAAGGUUAAACAGCCCAAAAAGAGCCAGCCAGAUCAAGGCGAUGAUUUAGUGGAGAAAUACCGGCGAUGUGUCCUAGACGUAGCCACUCUGAAAGAGCAUCUUGCUCUGAGGACGGAUGUCGCACGCCGGGCCCAGACUCUUAGAGAUGAUUUGAGAUGCCGGAUAAGAGACUUGGAGCAAGAGCUCUGCCAGGAGAGAUUAGACAUGAAGGAUAUUACCGCAGAUCUCAGUCGUCAGUAUAAAACCAUGCAAACUACCAUGGAGGCUAAAGUGAAACAUUUGGAGACUGAGGUGUGCAGGCUACAGGAGGAGCUUGCGCACUGUCAGAAUGAAUUAAAAAUGGAGAAAGAAACGCAUGAGCAGAUGGAAAGGGGGAAAAAUGCCAUUAUCAAAGACUUGCAAAGCAGGCUGGAUAAUAUGGAGAUUGGGUAUGAAAAGAUUUUUCAUAGCUGUUUGGACAGUUUCCUGUCCCAUCUGGCAGAGGCUCGGCUGAAAUGGGAAGAUGAGAGCACUACCAUUCAUCAGGAGUACAAGGAUCUGCUUACUGAAUUUGGGUUGAAUCCACUUUAUAUAUGA